GGCUCUCCUGGUCCUCUUCCAGGCAGUGGAUGCUGCGCGUCUGGCGGUGCCGGUCGGUCUCUCCCGGAGCUGCUGCUGCUGCUGCUGCUGCCGCUGCCGCGGGUCUGCCUGGCCGGGUCCGAGGCGUCUGCCGCCGCCCGCUGAGCGCGCUGGAGAGGAGAAGGUUGAGUUCUUGCGCUGGGGGACCGCGGAGGGGCUUUCCACUCAUGCCCGGGGACGGAAGGCGCAGGGUGCACAACCAGGGAAUGUGUUCCACAUGAAGCAUAAAGCUAUCGGAUUCUGAAAGGACACGUCAAAGCAUCAUUUACUUGAACAGUGAAAGAAGAAUGACAGAACAAUCUGUCUGACUUUAGAUUCUCGGACCGCAAGAAAGAGCUCAGAAUGGCUCCGUGCAAAAACAUUGUCGUUAACUUUCUUGAGGAAUUGUGUCUGCCAGAACCACUGCUUGGCUGUAAGAAACACCCAAACGUUAGGAAAAAGCUGAGACUGAUACGAAUAACAGGACUUUUCCUGGGUAUCGUGGCCGUUAGCACGCUGUAUCUUUCAAUUAGUGCCUUUUUCCAGUCGCAACCUUAUAGCACAGAGACAACCAGCAAUCUAGAUAGCCAUAAGUCAAAGCACAUGCAUCAAAGAACUCUAUUGGACUUUAACGAACAGAAUCAAACCGGCGCUCCAGAUUCACCUAUUUCUAUGAAAUACGAAGCUGGGCAGGAUAACCAUACGGAGGAACACUCCAAGGGAGAGUACCCGGAAGAUCUUUUUUCUCUUGAAGAAAGACGGAGGGGUGCUGUAAUACUUCAUAUUUGUGGAAUGGUUUACAUGUUCAUAGCCUUAGCCAUUGUCUGCGAUGAGUUCUUUGUUCCUUCAUUGACCGUCAUUACAGAAAAACUGGCGAUUUCUGAUGAUGUGGCCGGGGCAACAUUCAUGGCUGCUGGUGGCUCAGCCCCAGAACUCUUCACUUCUCUAAUAGGAGUUUUUAUAUCCCACAGCAAUGUCGGCAUUGGAACAAUAGUUGGUUCUGCCGUGUUCAAUAUCCUCUUCGUGAUUGGGAUGUGUGCUUUAUUUUCCAAGGAGAUCCUGCACCUCACCUGGUGGCCCCUCUUUCGGGAUGUGUCUUUUUACAUCAUGGACCUGAUAUUGCUGAUCAUCUUCUUUUUGGAUAACUUCAUCAUGUGGUGGGAAAGUUUAACGCUGCUGUUUGCUUAUUUCGUCUACGUGACGUUCAUGAAGUUCAACGUGCAAGUGGAAGAACUGGUGAAAAGCCUGCUAAUCAAGAACAAAGUGGAAAAAGUGUCGCCAGAAGUUGAAGCAAAGUCAAAUGCCGGGGAUGACCAGACACUAACGACUAAGCCCCGUCUGCAGCGUGGUGGGAGCUCUGCAUCUCUGCACAACAGUCUAAUGAGGAACAGCAUUUUCCAGCUUAUGAUUCACACUCUUGACCCACUUGCUGAAGAGCUUGGAUCAUAUGGAAAACUAAAAUAUUAUGACACAAUGACUGAAGAAGGAAAGUUCAAAGAAAGGGCAUCUAUUCUUCAUAAGAUGGCCAAAAAGUGUCAGGUGGAGGACGGUGAAAAACGGAAUGGAAGUGCUAAUCAUGCCGGUGCCCCAAACACUGCAAAAGUCGAAGUUGAAGUGACACCACCAAAUGACGGAGCUAUGCAAAAUGGAACGGCUGUUGGAGCAGUAGAGGAAGAGGAGGAUGAAGAUCAGCCCCUCAGCCUGGCCUGGCCCGACACGCCCCGCAAACAGCUCACCUAUCUGGCUAUUCUACCCAUCGUUUUUCCAUUAUGGGCUACCCUGCCUGACGUCAGAAACCCUAGCUCAAAGAAGUUUUUCCCCUUAACGUUUUUCGGAUCCAUCUCUUGGAUAGCAGUAUUUUCUUACCUAAUGGUCUGGUGGGCACAUCAAGUGGGAGAAACCAUUGGCAUCAGCGAAGAAAUCAUGGGUCUGACGAUUUUAGCUGCAGGCACAUCGAUCCCUGACCUAAUUACCAGUGUUAUUGUGGCACGUAAAGGCCUGGGGGACAUGGCAGUGUCCAGCUCUGUCGGAAGUAACAUCUUUGACAUCACUGUGGGCCUUCCUCUGCCAUGGCUCCUCUAUGCUGUGAUCAACAAUUUCGUCCCCGUGGCCGUGAGCAGCAACGGGCUCUUCUGCGCAAUAGUCCUCCUUUUCAUCAUGCUGCUCUUCGUCAUCCUCUCCAUUGCGGCUUGCAAGUGGAGGAUGAACAAAUUCCUGGGCUUCACCAUGUUUGGGCUUUACUUUGUGUUCCUGAUCGUCAGUGUCCUUCUAGAAGACAGGAUCAUCGUGUGCCCUGUGUCUAUUUGACAAGGAAGGAGGUGCCACUUUCUUGAACAAUACCCCACUCCCCACACACACACAAAUUGCAAAAGCAAAUGCCCAAACCAGAACCAGACAAGAACAAAGAAACAGUCUUGCAAGACAAGAUAAGCAACGUCUUUGGAACCCUCUAAUUUAAAACAGUGGGGAGAGGGAGAGCUGAAGUCAUGAAGCGAGGCGUGGAGAAGUUCAGCUCAUACAAUUGCUGCCGCUGAACCGUGUUGUGGCUGCUUCAGAAACAUGGUCUUGGAGAAGUCCCAUUGCUUAUCUGUUGGAGGUAUUGUGCAUGUAUUUUAUAACAAUGUUAAGCUAUUAUGCAUGCUACACCUAGGAUCUGCUCCCAUGCAUCUUUCUCUCUCUAUCUAUAUAUUAACAAAUACAUGCUACACAAAGAGAGAGAGAGAACGCAAUAUCUUAUAAACAUACAGGAAAAUGCCGAUAUCCAUCUUUUGGGAGACGCAAUUCUCCUGUUUGGGAUUUUAUCUGUUCAUGUAAUGUAACAGAAAGAGUUAUCAGCACCCAGUGCUGUCAGCAUGAAGCGAACGACAGACAAGAGACGACUCUCCGUAGAUCGUGUGCUGUUCCGGUGCAGCUAGCACGUGACGUGGACACGGAGGCUCUGCAGGUUUGAGAAGCGUGCAGAUGUUUAGAGCAGAUCAGUAGAAGUUGGGUUGAUCCACACACCCCAGACUGUGAGAAAUCAAUAACCUUUAUAUGAGGCCAGUCAAAUUAAACAAAACAAAAAAGUUCGGAUACUUGCAUCUCCUGUAUGUUCCUGCUUAUCACAGCAUUACUCCAGCAGCAAGCAACUAUUAUGUACAUGUGUGAAAGAAGCGUCACAGGUCGCAUAUCACAGAGGUUGUGCAUUUCCUCUUAUAUAAUACUUUACCAGUGGCGGAAGUUUGCACACUCAGAUGUGCAGCAUCGGAGAGGCGAGUGGUCAAGCGAUGUCCAUGCAUGUGAGAACCAGCCUUUAAUCCCCAAAAAGAUGCACCCUGGCUUGCUCUGGCUUCCUUAGAAGGAUCUCUGCAUUUUUGCUAUUGUUCUUCAUCUAUAUAUAUAUAUAUAUAUAUAUAUAUAUAUAUAUUAGCAGGACAUCUUUGAAGUACUUACAGGUAAAACCCACACUUGAAGUGUGGACUCCCAUCGCCCACAGCAUUUACGUAAAAAUGUACCACUACUACAUAAAUAUACUCAUUUUGGUAGUGCAGCAAUACUGUAAGGAUACAAAGUCAUUUUAAAUACUGUUUCCAUUAGUACAUUUGCCUUGUCAUAUGAAAGAUGCUAGUGUGGCUUCCAUGUAGCUUUUUAAAAUAGAACUUCAAAACUGCUCUAUGAUGGGGACAAGAACAGAAGCGGAUAAAUCCCAUAGGUUAUUUCCUUUUGUUACCUGCACUGCUGUGCACACUUCCAUGUUCCUUUUCUGCUAAAACUUUGGGGAUGUUUGAGAAGGUAAAUCAUUUCUAGGGAUGUGGAACUAAGUGGUUUGAAGCCGUUUUCUGAAGUUGCUGAGGAAUGGGAAGAUCUAAUUGGGACAGUGAACAAUUAAAGUUUCAUCCAUCUCCUGUAGAAGCCCCAGGAAGAGGGACAGUAGCAAAGGAGAAGCAAAAGAGGUUUCAUAUUUACUAAGACUCAGCAUUAAAUAGAACAGCUGUAAAAAAACUUUUUUAAAAAACCAGCCCUUCCUUCUACAAUAAUCAGCACUUAUCUGUGAAGCAUCUUCUACCUUGUUAAAACUCAUGCCAUCUCAGUUCCGUGAGUGAUUCAUUACCAGUGUUCUUGAUACCCUAGGUCACCCAUGUGCCAUGGAAACAUGAUACUUAAGACCAUAUAACUGAGGAUUCAGCAGAUGUUGAUGCUGAGCUUUCCUGUUCGUCUCACGCUUCCGCUUUCCUUCGUACUCUGUCUAUGCAUGCAUCUGUACAUAGCUAUAUUCAUGCAUAGCUAUAUCCAGGUAAAUCACAGAACUCACAGAAAACAAGCCUAGAUAUUAGCCUAGGCAUAUUAAAACAAAAGUGGUGGAAAGCGAGAUAACAAGUGAAAGCAAGAAAAUUACCAAACACUAGCAGCAUAACUGCUGUUCCUUUCUUGUUUCUAAGCUGCUGCAGCAUCUUCCUGGGCAAACCUUUGUUUGUUUUUGUUUCCUGGAACAUCCCUGGUGCCCUUUUGAGGCCCUGUUUGUUCAUUGUGCCCUUUGGGGUUGCAUUCAGGGCUGGGCUUGAUACUGACACACAUACCGCCAUGUUGUAAAUUCUAUGCAUGUUCCUUGAGGUUUACUCCAGCUUCCAGAAUCUAGCAGGGCUUUCUGCCAUCUCACAGGAUUGCAGCCAAAGUUAAUAUCCGUAGGUUGUGUUAAAAUACCUGGGCUAGGAUUCAAAGAUCUGUUCGCCCCUAAAGAGGGAGCUUUGCACUUGUGUUUCACAAACAUCUCUUCUGAAAUGCAAAUCGGUUGUGAUAGGACACUGGGUGGGGAGGUUGUGGGGGAGGUCAGAAAUUGGUCUGGAUGAUUCUAAGCCCUUGGACAUGCCCAAAGCACUUCUUUUUAUCUUGGCCCUUUUUAUCUUUGUUUGAAAAGUUAAAGUGUAAUUUGUUCAUGCCCAUAGAACAGGCACAUCCAACUUGCAAGAGACUGCGAUCUACUGUUGUUGAGUUUUUUGGGGGGAGGGUGAGCUUUUGGGGGGGCGAUCCACCAUGAUCAACCACAGACACCCCGCAAUCGACCGGUAGAUCGUGAUUGACCGGUUAGACAUGCCUGCCAUAGCGGUCUUCAGCUUUCUUUCCAAAAUGUCAGCUGUGAGGGCAGUUCCAUCUAUGGGCUGCUGUCACCAAGAACUCCCUAUCUCAUGCCACUGCCCUUCUGCCUUCUGCCAUGGAUGAAAUGAAGAGCAGGGCAUCUCCUGCCAAUCGUAAUCUCUGGGUCGGUUGGCAGUGAGUAAGAUGAUCCUCAGGUCCUUGAGUCCUGAGUCAUUUAGAGCCUUUUAUGCUAACAGCAAGUCCAUAAGCUGGGUCUGUGGAAAAGCUGGUUGCAGUUCUUAAGCUGAACAAUCCUUUGCAUAAUUAGUUGAGAAAAACUGCUUUUUCUCUUCUUUUGCAGUUCAGUAGCUUCACUUCUAAAGGUAAUGAUGUAAUGGCAUUGAUGAAGAUGGCAUGUACUAACUUGCUUGAGUUGGGUGGGCUGGCAAAACAUCAUAGAUCAUUUUUAUCCAAUAGCUGUUUGUAGCCUUUACUUGCAGAUUCACACCUGCAAUAAAGACAUGGGGGAGGG